AUGUCGUCGCUUCAACCCAGAGGGCCCGACUCUGCAGUCGGCAAGCAAAAGGCAAUUGAAGAUGCAAAGAAAAUGCAAAAGCUCGUUGCCGAGCAGUGUUUAAAAGUCGGAAAGGAUCCUCCCCAGUACCGUCUUUCAGAGCUCAUUGGCAAGGGCAGUUUCGGCCGUGUAUACAAGGCCACUUCUCUAACAUCAAACCAACUUGUCGCUGUCAAGAUUAUCGACAUUGAAGAGAGUGAUACCGUCAACCCCAAGCUUGCCGAUACGUACAGCGAUUUGCUCAAGGAGAUUAACGCCCUGCAACUUCUUAGUGAUAGCGGCGCUAAGAAUAUUAACCAUGUCAUUGACGCUCUUCCUGUUGGCCAAUCUAUGUGGAUGAUCACGGAAUAUUGUGCCGGAGGCAGUGUCGCUACUCUCAUGAAACCAACCUCACCAGGCGGACUUCAAGAAAAAUGGAUUAUUCCCAUCUUGCGCGAGGUGGCAGAGGCCAUUUAUUGGGUCCAUGGCCAGGGCAUCAUUCACAGAGAUAUCAAAUGUGCCAAUAUUUUGGUUACCGAAGAGGGAAACGUGCAGCUUUGCGAUUUUGGAGUUGCUGGUGUCAUCGAAACCAAAUUCGACAAGCGUUCGACUGUAAUUGGUACGCCUCAUUGGAUGGCCCCCGAGCUCUUCGACAACAGUACUUCCUACGGUACAGAGGUGGAUAUCUGGGCUUUUGGUGCCAUGGUAUUUGAGAUCGCAUCAGGCCUACCCCCAAGUGUGGCUGCAGGUAUGAUGGAUUUCAACAGGCUGGGCUCUUACCUCAAACAGCAUCUCCCUCGCCUCGAGGGAGACCGAUAUUCCCAGGGCCUGAAAGACCUCGUGGCGUACUGCUUGGUUGAUGACCCCAAGCAACGCCCCCCAAUUGAACAAAUCCAACGACACCGGUAUAUACACAACACUCAAGACGCGUAUCCUACCUCAGAUCUUGCACACUUGGUUAGAGGCUACAAGCUGUGGGAGGCACAAGGUGGUGUUCGCAAGUCUCUCUUCUCUGCAGGAGGAGCCCAGGGACCUUCUGACUUAGGUCUCCAGCUCUUGGAUAACGACGAGUGGAACUUCAGUACAACUGCUGCAUUCGAUCAGCAAGUUCUUCAAACCGGCGACGCUCAAGCCGUCUUCGAUGUUUACGGUUCCAAUGUUGACUUCAGGCACGACGGUUUUGACGAUGCUUCGCGCACUCAAAAGCCGAAAGGACGUCGACGCCCACCACCUCAUCUUCCUUCUGUCAAGGCACCAUUGGAAAAACUGUUUGACCCAAAUACGAUAUCAAACUAUGAGGACAACUCUCGAGCAUACUAUGGUCGCCCGUUCCCCCCACCUGUUUCUGAUUUCCAACCCUCCCAACCUCCCCCAGCAUCAGAUUUGCCUUUGAGGAACGAUUCAUCCCAAUCUCCUGGCGUGAGAGAAUCUCUCAUCGACCUUGACAUAUCCCUUGACGGCAGUAAUCUCUCCGAGUUCGUCGACCUGAAUACUAUUCGGGCAGGCGACCCGAGAGCAUCUACAGACUAUGACUUUGGCGACGUAUCUUAUAACAAGCCACCACUCAGUGACCCAGCAGAUAUGAGCAACAACCGUCGAACACGAGAUUGGAAGUUUCCAUCGAUGGCCGCACCACCCGCUUCGGCGAAUCCCGAAAUGUUCAGAUUUCCUUUCAACGAUGAUGAAGGACCAAGCACCAGUCGUCUUAUUCACCCACCCACAGAGCCACUCCAGCCUUCAGCUCAGUUUAACGACCUCGCAGUCCCCUCACCUGGAAAUAACCGAGCAUCAUCGGGUAGUCUCAUCGACUUGGAUAUGAGUCUGGCGGACCCUAUCCCUAUGGGCGACUACACCAGACCAUCAACUUCACACUCUGAUGUGGGAUCUAUAGCCGGCUCAGAGAUAGGAGGAGCGGAUCCUUUCCAGCUGGAAAAACACGCUUCUCUCUAUGUCAUGCCCAACAGUAUACGAGAACCAUCCAUAUACGUAUCUGACGACUCUGAAUAUGCGACUGCUGUCGCGGACCUCUCGCUCAACGACCCUCAGAUGAACUACCAGCAGACUCAGGUUCCGCUAUAUCAACAACCCCCAGCCCAAUCGCAAUCUCCAACCAAUGGAAUUACACUGACUGAAAGGCCAUACUCCCUUAGCGAGUUCGCGGAUACGGAUCCUGAGUCGUUUGCUCCUAAUACACUGGCCACUCCUGAGCUUGCAUUGCAGCCUCCUCCACUUCAGCCUUUGCCAGAUCUACCACCAGCUCGGGACGACUAUCCACGCUCUUUUCAACAGCAAUCUUUCCUGCCACCUGCCCCUACGGCGCCUGCUCCAAUGGUUUUGGAAGGACAGGGCACGUCAGAAGAUGUCAAGGAAGAGCUUCGACGUCUGGCUAUGAGCUUGAGUGACCAUCUCAGCCAUGCAAACGCGUGCUUGUCAGGUCUGCCGCUUCGAAGAGCGAGUACGACCAGGUUAGAACCGGUAGAGACCCCAUUGUAG